AUGCCGCCGCCGCCCUCGCCAGCGCCGAGCAGUAGCCUGGCGAUGGUGGCGGAAAGGAGACCACUGCACCGGCCCGGGGGUUGCACCGGCGUCCUGUUCCAGCUCUUCGACUGGAACCACCACCGCCUUGCGAGCAAGAAGCUCUUCUCCCGGCGGCUCCUCCCUCAGGCGCGGGCCGCGAAAAGGAUCUCGAAGAAGUUCUCCGCCAACGAGAAAAUGCCGCCGGCGAAGCUUCUACUGGUAACGGCUCUCUAUCUCCCGAACCCUCGCGUGGUAUCCGUGGUCUUCAUGGAGGCUGAGCUUCUCUGCUAUCUUCCUUCCUUCCCCCCACUGAACUUUCUGAAACAGAUCGCCGACGAGAACAGAGGGAGCUUUCCGAGCUCGAAGAAGGCGGACGCAGCAGGCAACAUCGCCGCCAAUGGCGACCGAGGAAAGAGGAUGUGUAGCCCCAACUUGGUCGCCCGGCUGAUGGGUCUGGACUCCAUGCCCACCGCCGAUGGCCAUGGCAGACCAAGGAAGGCUGAGGACGGAGCCUCCACCUCCUCCGAAGGCGGCGGCGGCUGCUGCUACUUCGACGGCUCUGACACCUCCGGCUCUUCCCGCCACUGUCAGGAUCCGGGGUUUGAGAUCGCUGCCGGCGGCGGCGGACGGCGGCCCCAGAAGCAGCGGAAAACAGCGAUCUUUGAUCGGCUGCCGGAGACGACCGCCGGCGUGAGCUCGGAGGCAACGCUGCUGUUCAACCGGAAUCUCCUGGCUCGUCCGAGGAAGAGCCACCCAAAGCCGCCGCCUUCCCCCAUCAGGAGCCCACGGCUCGCGGGGAGGACGAGCUCUGCUUUGCUAAUGGAGGCCGCCGCCAGGAUCCUGGAGCCUAGGAUGCAGUCCAGGAGCCGGGGAAGGCCAUCUCUGACCUUCCCGUCGCCUUACCAGGCCACUCCAGAGUCAGCGCAGUGCAGCGCCUCGCCUUUAGGGAGCCCUACCGAGCUCGUGGGGGCCUCGUCUGUGAGACCAUGCAGAAACUGUGGGAAUCAAGUCGGAGCUCCAGAAGAGAUCACCGAGGUCAGUGAGACCUCAGUCAUGGAUUCUGCGCCGUCUUCCACAUCUUCAGACUUUAGCCAGACGUCUUCAGCUGCCCCAAAACCCCCGGCCCUUCCAAAAAAGGAGAUCGUUCGAAGGAAUUCCAUGGAGAGGAAGAAGACCCACCAGCUGAACGAGCCGCAGGUGCGGAGCAAGCCCCGUCGGGUGGCGGCUGUCUCAAGGUCAACAACUCCCAGGCAGAGCACCGCGAGGCCAAUUGAGCUGCCGUCGGCGAGAGCAAAGGCCUCUCCUCCGCCGAAACCAGAUGUUCGUCAACGGACGAGAGGGUUAGAUCCUUCUUCCUCGAGUGAGAGCAGGGAAAACUUGAGAAAUUUAUCUCGGGCUCGGACAAGAUCGAUGGGCGGCGGAAGAACAGAAAUCGAGAGGAGUGCUGCUUGUGAGAAGAAACCCUUGGCCCGGAAAAGAAGAUCGACUGGUAGCAACAUCCAGAGCGAAGAAGGCGCGCCGCCGAAGCAGAGGUCUAUUGCCGCUGGUGGAGUUCACAACCCGAGAGGGAGCUCCGGGAGGAGGAAGACGAUGGAGGCCAGAGACGGCGGCGGCGGUGAGAGGAGCAGCGAUGAAGCUACAACGGCCUCUGGAUCGGUCACGGAGGAGACCAGUGGCGGCCCGGUAAGAAACCCCGACGAGACGGUCGAUGCUUUGAGCGCUCUUCUAGAGCAGAAGAUCAGGGAGCUGUCCGACUUGGGCAGAGAUGAGUCGGUGGCUGGUAUUCUCGAGGAACUCAUCUCUGCGCUGACAUUUGCCCAAACCGAGACUCAGAGGAGAGAUUACGGCACUCCUGCUGACUUACGGACGGAAGGUGGAUCGGAUUAUGGCUCUUCCAACCUGCCCGAAUGCCGCAGCUACCAGGGGCCGAACCUCUGCGUCAUCGAAGACUUUCAGGUCAGCCCAGCUUCCCAUUUGAUCCUAAGUAACCUAGAUAGAUAGAUAGAUAGAUAGGUAGAUAGAUUUAGAGAGAGAGAGCUGAAAGAUUCGCCAUUUCUUCAGGUGGUGCAAGAAGAGUACGAUCAGCCGAGCCCGGUGUCCAUCCUCGAGUCCUCGUUCUCGAACGACGGCUCGUCCUUCUCCGAGAAGAGCUUCCACAGCAGCUCUGGUACGAUCGGUUGCUACAAUGGCGUAUGAUUUGGGUGUGCAGUGAAUCCACAUGAAUCAUUUGUGUUGAUCUUCUCCAGGGCACCGACUUCCGAUGAGGUUUCCGGAGAACUCGGAUAAGUCGAGCUCGCCGGAGCUCACCGCCGACCUCUCAGAUUCCGCCACAUCAACGAUCGCCGGCGGUACGGAACCACCGCCGCCGCCCCCGUCGCAAUUCCGGGGCGUGGGCCCCCGUGUAGUACAAUCGGCGGGGAGAAAGCCAAACUACGUGAGCGGCGGCGGGCUCAUAUCCGACGCCGACCUGCUCUUCGGAAGAGCCGUUCUCCACGACGCGCUGGAGAGCCUCGUCGACGCUCUUCGGGAAGGGGAAGGUCAACUUUCCGGGGGCGGCGACUCAGAGCAGGAGUUCAAGCUCAGAAGGCUCCUGUUUGACUGCAUCUUGGAGCACGUAGAUGUCAACUAUGGAGAUCAUGGCGGAGCAGGCUACAGGGAUUGGGGGAAGCUCCCCCGUCCGGCGAGCCAGAUGCUGGCCAGGGAGGUCUCCGAGGAGAUGGAGGCCUGCCGAAGCAUGGCCGGGAAGGGCUUGGACGAGGUUGUGGGGAGAGAUAUGGGUCGGAUGAACGGCUGGUGGGUGGACUCCGACGCGGAGGCGUUCGGGGCCGGCGCGGAGAUCGGCAACCACCUGCUUCAGCUGCUGGUCGACGAGGUCGCGUUCGAUCUGCUCUUGCGCUGAGAUGCGUCUGCAGAUUUCUUGGUGUCAGGAGCAAGAAGAAGAAGAAGAAGGAUUUUGCGUGAACUUGGAUGCUGAUGUAGUCAACGGAGGAGUUCCGAGUCGGGCGUAGAAAUCCGAGUUCCUGCGUAGCGUUGACUGAGAACCACGUCUAGUUUUGGCUGUACAUUGGCAGUAGUUGACUGCCUUCUCCUCCGCCUUCAUUGUCUCCUCAAUCCAGGGUAAAAGUCUUCUUCUCUGCUUUCUAUCAUCUCCUCUGCGAUUAAUUGAAAGUUCCCAGAGUCAAUGAUGGGCCAGUUCGCUUCUCGGGCUUUUACUCUAGAAAACAUUAACCGAUGCCCGAGGGCCCGAAAGCCAUCGAGAGGCUCCUCCCAUGGCCCCGGACCUCUGAACUGGCCCGCAAAUCACAUGCACUUCAUUCUUCGGGCUUUUUUCUCAGAAAAAUUCAUCUCUUACUGCAGAAUCCCCGUCAUUUAUCAAUUAUCGGUGGGUAAAUUCGAUCAGGGGAGAGGAAGUCAACGCUGCCGAAUCGAGGGUUUAA